CCCUGCCCAGUGCCAGGGUGGAGUUCAUUUCUUUUGUUCCUGAGAGCUGAAUAGGAGAAAGGGACAUUUCAGCUUUUCUUGAUAAAGAUUAUAUCAUCUUACUUAAACUGUGAGGCAAGAAUACUUCUUGAAAAUUAAGAGUUUGACAGCUCUAAGGCACCGCCAGUACCUGUGGAAAAGGGCUUUAAUCCUACACUGCAUCCUCAGCGUGGGUUUGGAGUGAUUUCGCGCAAGGUUGUUCACCUCCUCUGUGCUGCUGUGGGCCGGACAGCUUGUCAUUGAGCAAAACAUCGAGUAGCAGCCAGUUUUCUAGACAACAUGGCCUUGCGAAGUUCUGGCAAGCUGAGCAUGGAGACCAGAAAAGACAGUGAGAGCACGGCCCCUGCUCCUCCCCAGAAGAAGCUGUCCUGCCAGUGCCACCACCACUGCCCUGAGGACUCGGUCAACAACACCUGCAGCACUGAUGGCUACUGCUUCACCAUAAUAGAAGAGGAUGAGUCCGGUGGACAUUUAGUCACCAAGGGAUGUCUUGGAUUAGAGGGCUCAGACUUCCAGUGUCGGGACACUCCUAUUCCACACCAAAGAAGAUCUAUUGAAUGUUGUACAGGCCAGGAUUACUGUAACAGGCACCUUCACCCUACACUGCCACCACUGAAGAAUCGAGACUUUGCUGAAGGAAACAUUCACCACAAGGCCCUGCUGAUCUCAGUGACUGUUUGCAGCAUCCUUCUGGUGCUUAUCAUCAUAUUCUGCUACUUCAGAUACAAGCGCCAGGAGACGAGACCCCACUACAGCAUCGGGCUGGAGCAGGACGAGACCUACAUUCCCCCCGGAGAGUCCCUGAAGGAUUUGAUCGAGCAGUCCCAGAGCUCAGGCAGUGGAUCCGGGCUCCCUCUCCUGGUUCAAAGGACCAUUGCAAAACAGAUUCAAAUGGUGAAGCAGAUUGGAAAAGGUCGCUAUGGAGAAGUCUGGAUGGGAAAGUGGCGUGGCGAAAAGGUAGCAGUGAAAGUGUUCUUUACCACAGAGGAGGCCAGCUGGUUCAGAGAAACAGAAAUCUACCAGACUGUCCUCAUGAGGCAUGAAAAUAUUCUUGGAUUCAUUGCUGCAGAUAUUAAAGGUACAGGAUCUUGGACCCAGCUGUAUCUUAUCACUGACUACCAUGAGAACGGCUCACUUUAUGAUUACCUAAAAUCCACCACCUUGGACACAAAAGCCAUGCUGAAACUGGCUUACUCCUCUGUCAGUGGCUUGUGCCACCUGCACACUGAGAUCUUCAGCACUCAGGGCAAGCCUGCCAUUGCCCACCGUGACCUAAAGAGUAAGAACAUCCUGGUGAAAAAGAAUGGCACCUGCUGUAUAGCAGAUUUGGGCUUGGCUGUUAAAUUUAUCAGUGACACAAAUGAGGUAGACAUCCCUCCAAACACCCGUGUAGGAACAAAACGUUAUAUGCCUCCCGAGGUGCUGGAUGAAAGCUUGAAUAGAAAUCACUUUCAGUCCUACAUCAUGGCUGAUAUGUACAGUUUUGGACUCAUCCUUUGGGAGAUAGCAAGGAGAUGUGUUUCAGGAGGAAUAGUUGAGGAGUACCAGCUUCCAUACCACGACCUGGUGCCCAGCGACCCCUCGUACGAGGACAUGCGGGAGAUCGUGUGCAUCAAGAGACUGCGCCCCUCGUUCCCCAACAGAUGGAGCAGUGAUGAGUGCCUGCGGCAGAUGGGGAAGCUGAUGAUGGAGUGCUGGGCUCACAGCCCAGCCUCCCGCCUCACCGCCCUGCGCGUCAAGAAAACACUUGCCAAAAUGUCAGAGUCCCAGGACAUUAAACUCUGACUCUGCCAGAGGCCCCUGGAAAUGGACUUUCUUGUGCAGGCAGAAGUCCUGAAGAUGUAUCAAAAGUCUUUGCUAAUGGAGGAGUCACGCUGAAGAGCAGCCGUGAGUUUUUGAGGAGAUUAUCCAUUGAAAAAUCCACCUGAAUUUUGACAUGCAAGAUGGAAGAGGCUUGUCUGCCCUUGUUUACAUGGGGAAAUACAGUUUUAGUAACUGGUUUAAGAUUAUGCAUGUUGCUUUCCAUGAAAGCCACUUAUUAUUUUAUUAUUAUUGUUAUUAUUAUUAUUUUGAUUGUUUAAAAAAAUACUGCUUUAAAUUUUAUGAAAAUAAAACUUUUGGGUUAGAAGUAAAAAAGAUGUAUAUUGUUACAUUAAAAAAAAAUUGGAGGAAACUGCUGAAAAUGAAAGUAAAUCAACUUUUUCAUUUCCAAAAAGACUAUUGCACUCCAGCCUUAAAAAAAACAAAAAGGUGAGUGGAUCUGUGUAGCUCAGAGGAGCUGUAAUGGAGCCUGCCUUAAAAGCCACCUAUUUGUGGAGAUAAUUUUCCGAACCCUGUGUGUGCAAGUGAUUCUCAGAGUACAGAGAUGGAGCCCAAUUGCAUCCCUGCCAUCCCAGCUGGUGUGGGUGGCCUGAUUCCUGUGGGUGGCCUGUCCCAGGAAGGUUAUGCUUUGUUUAAGGUACUUGGGAGCUGUAUGAAUAUAGUUUGGUGUGACUUUUUUAAAGAAGAUCUUCAUGUUUCAAGGAAACCUGGUGGGAAUAGUACCACAGUGAUAAACAAGUGCCCUUUUUCUUGGCUUUUUUUCCCCUUCCUUUUCACCCACUGCAAAAUAAAAUAUUUUGUGUGCAAGUGGAAAUAAGGUACACAUUUGAAUCUGCUGUGCAAUUUGAAAGUUCUAGGACCCACAAACAACCACUGUUCAAGAGGAAAUUCCUUGUGAGAAGGAAUUAUUGCUCUUUCAUUUGUGUAAAUGUGAGGGGUCCACCUACAAGCACAGCUGAGAAAAAAAAUAAAUCUGUGUUCCAUUUUUUAAGAGAAAGUGAAAAACCUCAAAAGUGCCCAUUUCUGGGGUGGCAAUCAUAUUUUUUUGAGUGUGAGGAGACUGGUGCCUUGAGGCUGCAGUAGGGAAUGGCAGGGAGGAAGGGUGGGACACAUUAGGUGGGUGGUGAGAGCUGGGAGCCGUGGGCAGCAGUGGGUACCAGCCUCCAGCACUCCUGCUGCAGUGAGACACCACAAACUGAACUGUUGGCUCCAGCUUUAUCUGCACUAUUGUUUUGUGUGCCCUUCCAGCAGCCUCCACACCUCUGGCAGCUGCUGCACAGCAGUGCCAGGCUCUGCUGCGGGCUGGGGCUGUGUAGCAAUGUGGUUCCCAGCAAGAGGAGCUGUCAGGGGAAAAGGGCAGUGGGAAACGUAUUUUCUGUCUUCCCCUGUUCCUCCUUCCUGGGUCUGCAGUGGUUGUAGCAAUGCUAAUGCUACAGAAGGGGAAAUGAGAGGUGAAAUAUACCCUGGGAAGCAUUUUCUUUGGAAAGGUUCUGUUCUUCAUCAGAUUACCAAAGCUGAGCUGCAUGGGAGUUACUGGUUUACCCUUUUUUACCCUUCAUUUGUUUUUUAAAAAUUUCCUGCCUGCCUAUGUUGUUUUACUAGAUGGUGUUCAGCUUAAUUUUUAAAUAAGUCCUUACAAAUGCUGCUUUGAUUAUGCUAAGCCUAUUUCAGAACUGAAAUAAUUGCCAUGCAGGAUUUAGCCUCAGCACUUCUGUAAUGUUUCUUUCUCUUUUUUUUCCCCCUUUUUGGACAAAACUGAUUUAUUUGUGGUAGGUAGGUGUAUAAUUGGGGUUUAGCUUAACAGCUCCCUGAAGGUAUUUCUAGCUGGAAAAAUUACCAUUUUAUACUUUCAAGCUAACAGAGAAAAAUGCGCAGUUCAAGAGAACCAGCAAGACCUCCAUGAUGAUAGGUGUUAAAAAGCUUAAUCAGAAGUUUUUUGUUCAUUAGAAUGCUUUUUCUGCAGUGCAGUUUCCCUGCCUGUACCCAAAUUUACCAAGCAAUACAAAAAGAAAACCUCUGAGAGUUAAUAAUACACCAAAUCCUGACCCCAGGAGGGGCAAGGAUGGUUUCCCCAUCCUUAAAAACUGGUUGUGAGGCUGAGAGCAGAGUUUGCUCCUUGGCCACCUUGACCUUGAGAUUUGUGGGCUAAAUUGGGGACAGCCCAGCCUCUCUUCACCUUUUUGUCUUAGUGAAUGGAGCCAUGGCUUUCCAGUCUCAUUUCUUCCCACAGAAGCCAGCACACCCUGUGGAUCUGAGAGUUCUCAGCUCCAAAGAAGGGCACAGGACUUGCAGGUGCCAGCUCACACAGCAGGGAUGCUUCUGUCCUCCCUGUUUAGGUCUGUUUCACCUCUUCCCUCCUAAAAUAUAUAUAUUUUUUAAUAAAUUAGCAGGGCUCUCUCCCCAGGAGUGUUUAGGAGGGUGCUUUGCCAGCUGGCAGCACGAGGCAUGCAGUGAAUGCCCCUGGCACCUGCUGUCAGCAUUGCUGCAAGAGAAAGGGCCAGUCGUUGG